GCCAAGCAGUGUGGUGUGUGUGUGUGCGCGACAGAGAAAAGGAAAGAUGGCGACGCAGGAGAGCGAAGCGACUAAAGCUACCGUGAGCAACGGCGAGGUGUCGGUGAGCAGCAAUGGAACUGCUGCAACAACAGAUGACCAGACUGUGCAGACGGCUGAAAAUGCACAGGAUCCUCAGCAGCAGCAACAGCCACCUAAUGCAUGGCAGGUCAUUAAGGGAGUCCUCUUCAGAAUUUUCAUAAUCUGGGCGAUCAGUAGCUGGUUCCGCCGAGGGCCGUCCACUCCUGACCCCAGCACGCCAGCCGGGGCCCCCAGAGUACCGAGCAGGAACCUCUUCACCAAGGACACCCUGAUGGAUCUGUACGUGUAUGUGUCCCAGGACGAGGUGUUCUCUGACUUCAACAACACAGAAGCCCUCUUCUGGUUCCACAGGGACCUGGUCUACGGAGACUGGGGCACGGGGGAGAAUGGGGACGGCUGUUACGAGCAAUAUAAGGAGAUGGACAUCCCUGAGAAUGUGCAGCAGAACGGGUCACUCUACAUGCACGUCUACUUCACUAAAAGUGGAUUCCACCCAGACCCAAAACGAAAGGGGCAGUAUCGCAGACUGGCAACAGUUCAUACAACGAGAAUGUUGAACAAAUUCAAACGAAGAAAGUUUAUGAAAACCAAGAAUCUGCUAACAGGAGAGACUGAAGCAGAUCCUGAAGUGAUCAAGCGGGCUGAGAGCCACGGUCCAGUGGAGAUCAUCUCUCAUUGGCACCCCAACCUCACCAUCAACAUAGUCGAUGACCACACUGCCUGGGUUAAAGGCUCUGUACCCCCUCCUCUAGAUCAACAUGUCAAGUUUGACGCAGUUAGUGGCGACUACUAUCCCAUUGUGUACUUUAACGACUACUGGAACCUUCAGAAGGACUACUACCCCAUCAAUGACACUCUGACAACACUCCCACUGCGCCUCAACUACUGCCCGCUGUCCCUGUGGCGCUGGCAGCUCUAUGCUGCCCAGAAUGCUCGCUCUCCAUGGAACUUCUUACCAGAGGACACCUACGAGCAGUCUGACGAAGACCAAGACUCUGUCAAGGUGGCGCUUUUGGAAACCAAUCCAUACUUGCUGGGACUCACCAUUGUUGUCUCCAUUGUGCACAGCAUCUUUGAGUUUCUUGCCUUCAAGAAUGAUAUCCAGUUCUGGAACAGCAGACAGUCUCUGGAAGGCUUGUCAGUGCGCUCCAUCAUAUUUGGCGUUUUCCAGUCUCUGGUGGUGUUGCUGUACAUACUGGACAAUGAAACCAACUUUGUGGUGCAGGUCAGCGUCUUCAUCGGCCUUCUCAUUGACCUGUGGAAAAUCACCAAGGUUAUGGACGUCAAGUUGGACAGAGAGAACAAAAUUGCUGGAGUAUUGCCAAGAUUGGUAUUCAACGACAAAUCGACAUAUGUGAAGUCUUCAACCAAAAUCUACGACGAUAUGGCCUUCAAGUACCUGUCGUGGCUGCUCUACCCUCUGUUUGGCUGCUAUGCUGUCUACAGUUUAUUGUAUGUAGAGCACAAAGGAUGGUACUCAUGGGUACUCAGCAUGCUCUAUGGCUUCUUGUUAACCUUUGGUUUCAUUACAAUGACGCCACAGCUAUUCAUCAACUACAAAAUGAAAUCUGUGGCCCACCUCCCAUGGAGGAUGCUCACCUACAAGGCUCUCAAUACCUUUAUUGAUGACCUGUUUGCCUUCGUCAUCAAGAUGCCCAUGAUGUACAGGAUAGGGUGUCUCAGAGAUGAUGUGGUGUUCUUCAUCUACCUUUACCAGCGCUGGAUCUACCGGGUGGAUCCAAACAGAGUCAACGAGUUUGGCACCAGUGGAGUUGAGCCGGUCCCUGAGAACACAGAAGCGGCAGAUGAUGCUCCUGCUGCACCUGCUGCCAUCACAGACAAACCAGAGGGGGAGAAGAAGAACGAUUAAGCAAUUUGGUGCCCUUGCCUGCCCCCCCCACCCCCCACCCCCACCCCCAAACCCCGGCCCUCACUGUUGGGGCAAAGAGGACUUGUGGAAAUCAGGCAUGGAGGGGAGUCAUUGUUUAGCCGUCAUGGAUGCCACAAAAAAAAAAAAUGCAGUCCAACUGUUCCCUCUGAUUUCUGUGCUGAUCCACAAAGAAUCAUAUUCAGUUCUAGACUUUGGUAAAUUCUUCUUUCUGUUCCCCGCCUUCUCGUUUUGCAGUUCAAGUGAAGUAAAACAAAACGUGAUGUACUGUAUUCUGUAUGAUUUCUCUGAGGGUAAAAGUGUCUUGGAAUAGAAAUUGGAAGGGGAAACGGGUCACAGUAACACAACUAAUUUUUUUUCAGGGAAGAACGAGGCCUCGUGAGACUCCUGUUCUUUGUGUAGAAUACUUGUGAAUUGUUCUUUUCAUUCCAUGUGAGUGUGGUGUUUUCAGACUGUCUGGAAACAGGCGAGUUGUACUGGAGGAAACUGGAGAGACCCUGGACCACGGCGGAUGCAGAAAAAGAGUCAAGAUGGAAGACCCUACAGAACACUACCCACGAGAGAGAGACUACUACCCUCAAUUUUUAACAAAUGGUUAUUGUUCUUAAGUUGAACAUAAAAAAAUAACAGCCUUGUUGGUAUUAAUAUAAAUAUAUUAAUAUUGUCAAUGAAUUAAUUUUUGUUUACCAGUCACUGAAGCAUUCUUUUGUAUGUCCUCAAACUGUACAGAAUCUUGGCUUGUCAUGUUAAUAAUACCGAUGUCAGAACCGUCUAAGAGUAGCUAAUUUACCAGUCUAAUUUUUAUUUUACUUCCUCAGCUGGAUGUCUGAUUUCCAAAUUGUUUCACGCUCCAAAUCAGGUCACACUUGACACAGUGGAGACAGGCCUAUACUGGAAGAAUGACAGUGUCCUGUUUUUAUUUUGAGUGCUGUUGGUUCCAUGUUGGUACAUAUUACAUUUUGAUUCAUUCAUGUUUAUAGUAAAACUUAAGUGUGAUUUAAAAUGUUUAUGAAAAGCUU